UAUACGAGGUCAUCCUUCCGCCGAGCCGGGCAGCUUUGUAACGAUAGGCCAAACUUAAUGUUGUCACUGGAACGUUGUAGACGCGUAACGUGCACUAGCGACUUCGACGGCUACCUCGGCUCAGACACUUAUUUGUGAUUGAUUAUUAGUACAAGCCCCCCAUUUCCUUCACCUUCUUCGCACUCUUCGCACGUUCUCAACUCACGCACCUACCUAUUUGGCAACAUACAUUAUAAUCCGUUCGACGCCCUUGGCCUCAAUUAUGGCCAAUACACAGACAAAGAAAUCCGUAAAGCGUAUCAUUGUGCAUCGCUUCAAUGCCACCCCAAUAGACGGCCAAACGAAACCAAGGAUCGGUGGCCCACACAGCAACAUGUGGAGAGUCCAAAUUGUUUCUUCUAAGCGAUGGAGAGAAAAGGGGAUACCGCGGGUACCCGAGAAUGUUCUUUCCCGAAAACCGCGACCCUGAUGUUUACAAUGCACCACAAUGCCCAUUCUACGUCUGUACCAGUUGUGGAGCAGACGGGAACUGCUCCUGCGACGAUCCCCUCACCAUGGCUUUCACGAUAUGCGAUACUUGUCGUAUGGUCCUACCGCAACAUCUGGCCCGGCAGCAUGGCCAGGAAGAUCAUGGCGCUUGCGCAUUGUGUGGUGAAAUCCAGGAAGAUGGGCAUUUCUUAUCCAAGCACCCGGAUAAUGUGUGCUCUUUGUGCGGCGAACUCGAAAUGGGCAAAAUGCUACCACACCUUCAAACUAGGCACGCUCUUCACGACUGCGACAGUUGUAAGGGGAAGGAUGUUGCCAAGCUUUUUUCCCAUCUUCGCGACGAUCAUCGGGCCUGUCCACUCUGCCGGAAACCUUCUUCGUUCGAUUCGAUUAAUAAGCAUCUCGCGGGAUAUCAUGAAUGGGAUUGUUGUAAUGGUUGCGAUAACCUGACGCCCGCUGACUUCGAACGUCAUUUACUAUCUGACCACAGCUGGGUGACUUGCCCAUUCCCUGAAUGCCACCCUGUCAUGACCGGCAAAUUGUGGGCUCAUAUCCGUAACAAGCACGCCUUUCAACGCUGUCCAGGAUGCCCACCAACGGAAGCUGACUUUGCCAGAGCAGUUGACCAUACUGCAUUACACAGUUUUGAGUUCUGAGUUCUGUGCUUACUGUGAAAAACAUUAUCCUGCACUGGAUAUUGGCCACCAUCGAGUUGCGAGACAUGGUUGGUUGCAAUGCCAGUAUUGUCACCUCGCAAGCCCUGAUGAGGUGGCACAUCAACUACAUAUUAUCGAUCAUAAGCUUGAGUCCUGCACAGAGUGCGCCAAACUUCAACCAUUCCAUGUUGUGGAGCGACACCUGAUCGAAG